AUGCCGGAACGCAUCGGGAACCUGAUGCCUCGGACUCUGGACGGGCAGAUCACCAUGGAGAAGACGCCCAGCUACUUUGUCACAAAAGAAGCUCCCAGCCGCGUCUGCGCCAUGAACUGCCAGACCAAGCUAAUCGUGGUGGUCAGGGAUCCAGUAACGCGCGCUGUGUCCGACUACACCCAGACUCUGUCCAAGAACCCGGGCCUCCCGUCCUUCCAGAGUCUGGUCUUGAAGAACUCCUCCGGCCCAAUCGACACAUCGUGGAGCGCCGUGCGCAUCGGGCUUUACGCCAAGCACCUGGAGAACUGGCUCCAGUAUUUCCCCUUGUCUCACUUUCUGUUCGUCAGCGGCGAGCGCCUGGUUUCCGAUCCAGCCGGGGAGAUGGGUCGGGUGCAGGACUUCCUGGGCCUGAAAAGGGUCAUUUCAGACAAACAUUUCUACUUCAACGAGACCAAAGGGUUUCCCUGCUUGAAGAAGCCCGAGGGGAGCAGCAGACCUCGCUGCCUUGGAAAGUCUAAGGGCAGACCUCAUCCCCAGAUCCCAGCUGAGGUUCUGCAGAGACUCAGAGACUUCUACCGGCCGUUCAACCACCGCUUCUACCAAAUGAGCGGACAAGACUUUGGCUGGGACUGAAGUUUGACAAAAAGAGCCGUACUUUGUGUUUCUUUGCAGCUUCCACAGGGCUCAGAUUC